AUGCCUGUUACACGGUCAGCCACUCGGUCAGUUGCAUCAACACCAGCGGGAGGAAGCAACAAGACAACAACAAUAGUCUCACCAUCUGCAGUGGGCAAGUCCAACAAGCGAAAAGCCGCUGAAGAAACCCCAGCAGCCAAGAAGACGCCUCGCGCUAAGAAAACAAAGUCAUCCGAUGAAAGUGCUGAGACACCUCCCACAUCGAAUGCAUUCAUACCGCCUCCACCGCCUCCCUUGCAGACCGAGUCUGAGGAGAAACCUUUGGUUCCCGCAGCCUUGACAUUCUCGUUUGAGGAAGCUAAAGCGCAUCUCAUCCGCGCUGACCACCGCUUUGAGGAUAUAUUCACAAAGCUUAGAUGUAAGCCUUUUGAGCUCCUUGAACAGGUCCAUCCGUUCCGGGCGCUCGUAGAAUCAAUUCUCGCUCAACAAAUUUCAUGGCUGGCAGCCCGAUCGAUCAUCCAUAGGUUUACUCGGUUGUAUGACCCCUCAUUACCCGAAAAAGUAGCAGAUUAUUCUGCAUCAAAAUCUCCAACAUUUUUCUUCCCUACCCCUUAUCAAGUUGCCAAUACGGAUAUCGUAACGCUCAAGUCUGCUGGUCUCAGUACACGCAAAGCCGAGUAUGUCUAUUAUUUCCUGUCAGUAAAAGAUCUUGCUGCGCGAUUUGCAGAUAGAAGGCUUUCAACAGAAAAUUACUUGCUGCAGAUGAUGAAAAGCCUUGCUGAGAUGCUUAUAGAAGUGCGAGGAAUCGGGACGCUUGACAUGUUCGCAAUCUUCUCCUCCGUCGUCCAAACAUCCUCCCAGUCGGUGACUCGGUAUCCAGCGAGGAAUGUUGCGCUGGUUCUCUCGCGCCACUCGUCUAAGCACACCGGCGAAUCCAACGAUGAUAAAACAAAACAGGCAAGUACUGGCGCGAUGGGACCACCGCCUACAACGCCUGCACCGAAAAUGACCCCUGGUUUUCAACUGACAGGAGAUGUAGAACCGGAUAAUGAGACUCUCGACGCAGACGCGAUGAACACAGAACCCCUUCCCGAAGGUCUGAGCGUCGCAGAUUUGAAAUCAAGGCUAGAAAGAAAGAAGAUCAAAGGAGCGUUUCUUACUCCGAAAGAAAUGGAAGAUUUAACCCGCAUGAUUAGAGACAACAACUUUAAUAACAGCGGUGAACUAAAAGUUAUCCGGCGCCCUACGGUGCUCCUACCAGUCUUGCGUAGCAAACAGCGUUUGAUUCAUUUCCGACGUUUUGAUGAGCUAUUAGAGGCGAGUGCACUGUUGCUAUUGAUCAGAAACUCAUCCAAAGUUCGCUUUCUGGAUGUGCCAACACGCUGUACAGUGGUGUCGGGCCUCGGAGAGGUGAAGGGUGGCCGAAACUUCCGUUGUUGA